UUAAAGCAACUGAUAUUUAAUAUUUAUAGAAUCUUAGUUCUUAAAAGGAAGCAAAUUGAAAUGUCACCUCCAAUGGAAAGAAUUCAAAUUUUAGAAGCAAUAGAAAAGGAUAUAAUUACUUGCCUGCAAAGCGCGGGCCAAGCUUUUAUGGAACUUAGUAAAGACAAAUCUAAUUCAAAACAAGCGGAAGGUCAAACGCAUCAAUUUAUUAAAACUUUAGGACUCGUUGAAUCCAAAUUGAGCGAACAAAUUAAUUAUUUAACGCAAGUAUCAACAGGUCAACCUCAUGAAGGUUCUGGUUACGAAAGUCAAAAGGUACUGCAAAUGGCUUGGCACAGACUACAGCAUGUACGCAGUAGAGUAGACGAGCUGGAACGCAUAAAAAAUAAACAUUUGCAUUCACGCAAUCUUGCGAAUUUAGGACGUUCGCAGCAAUCCCAACAGCAACAGCAGCAGCAACAACAACAGCAAAUGGCCUCAAAUAAUAUUUCUGUACAACAACCUCAAACUAACUCCUCUGCCUCAUAAUUUGUGCUUGUAAGAUAAUAAUUUUGGAAUUCAGACUGAACCAUAUCAUUAGCACAAUCACUUAUUAACUUAAUUUAUUUUUCUUUUUUUCUUCUAUUUUGUUAUAUAAAAUUUUGAAGGUGUAAAAGACUUCUUAUAAGUCUUUAGAUUACUUACAGGUUAGUAGAAAUACUUACAAACGCAUAUUGUAACUUUUUGAAUUAUCAUUUUAAUUUUAUCAAAUACUGUUAACUUCGUUAUUCUCUAUUUGAAUGGAAGAUAUGGA